GCUGCAUUCGACUGGAGCACUCACAGAAAGCACUGGUUAUGAAAGCAAGGUUGCUGUAUUCAUUAAAUGUUAUGAUAAUUUGCAGCGUGGCGAAUGGGUAUUGACAACUUCUGCAGCCUCGACGGUUCCGAUCCAUUUUGGGACUGGAAUCGCACAUGGUAUUCCAACAACCCAGAUCUGACGGCGUGCUUUCAGAACACUGUGCUGGUGUGGGUCCCCUGCUUCUACCUCUGGCUCUGCUUUCCAGUAUACUUCGCAUACCUCAAAUCAAACGAUCAUGGAUACAUUUGCAUGACCCAUCUCAACAAAGCCAAAACAGUAAUUGGCUUUUUACUAUGGAUUAUCUGCUGGGCAGAUGUGUUCUAUUCUUUCUGGGAAAGAAGCCAAGGACAGGCUUUGGCACCUGUCUAUUUAGUCAGCCCUACCAUACUUGGCAUCACCAUGUUGCUGGCAACAUUUUUGAUCCAAUAUGAGCGCUUCAAGGGGGCCCAGUCAUCGGGGGUGAUGCUGAGCUUCUGGCUCAUCGCCCUGGCCUGUGCCACCAUCACCUUCCGCUCCAAAGUAAUGCAGGCCGUCGAUGAGCCUGCAGCGGUAGAUGUGUUCCGAUACACCACGUUCUACAUUUACUACACAUUGCUGCUCAUCUCUCUCUUCCUGUCCUGCCUCUCCGACCGCCCUCCUCUCUUCUCACAAGCCGUCAAAGAGCUGAAUCCAUGUCCCGAAUCAGGAGCUUCGUUCCUGUCAAAGAUCACAUUCUGGUGGAUAAACAAAUUAAUGGUGACAGGCUUCAAAAGGCCGCUGGAAGAGAAGGAUCUGUGGUCUCUGAAUGCGGAGGACUGUUCCCAGAGAGUGGUGCCACAGCUGGUACGGCGCUGGGACCAUCAGUGCAACAAGGUCAAAAGGCCCUUAGAGAAGUCAAUAUACUCCCCCAAGCGUCCUGUGCCAGCCGGCCGCGGCGAUAAGAAGGACGGUGCAUGCCCACUGGAGGAGUCGGAGAUUCUCCUGGUGAAGAGUUCUCAGAAGACUGGCGAGCCCUCGCUCUUCUGGGCGCUGUGCCGCACCUUCGGGCCUUACUUCCUCGUCAGCACCGUCUACAAGAUCGUCCACGACAUCCUCAUGUUCGUGGGGCCCGCCAUCCUCAAUCUGCUGAUCAAGUUUGUGAAUGACUCUAGCGCCCCCACGUGGCAGGGCUACUUCUACACGGCGCUGCUGUUCCUGUGCUCCUGUGUGCAGACCCUCAUCCUGCAGCGCUACUUCCACGUCUGUUUCGUCACCGGCAUGAGGCUGCGCACCGCCGUCAUCGGCUCCAUCUACCGCAAGGCCCUGGUGAUCACCAAUGCUGCGCGGCGCACGUCCACGGUGGGGGAGAUCGUGAACCUGAUGUCGGUGGAUGCCCAGCGCUUCAUGGAGCUCAUCACCUACAUCAACAUGAUCUGGUCCGCCCCGCUACAGGUGGUGCUGGCCCUCUACUUCCUCUGGCAGACCCUUGGACCGUCUGUUCUGGCCGGUGUUGCUGUCAUGGUGCUGAUGGUUCCCAUUAAUGCAGUCAUCGCCAUGAAGACCAAAGCCUACCAGGUGGCCCAGAUGAAGAGCAAGGACGAGCGCAUCAAGCUGAUGAACGAGGUGCUGAACGGCAUGAAGGUGCUGAAGCUGUACGCCUGGGAGCUGGCCUUCAAGGACAAGGUGUCGGCCAUCCGCGAGAGCGAGCUGCGCGUGCUCAAGAAGAUCGCCUACCUGGGCGCCGUCUCCACCUUCACCUGGGUCUGCGCACCCUUCCUGGUGGCUCUGUCCACGUUUGCGGUGUACGUGAUGGUGGAUGAGAACAACGUGCUGGAUGCCCAGAAGGCCUUCGUCUCUCUUGCCCUCUUCAACAUCCUGCGCUUCCCUCUCAACAUGCUGCCCAUGGUCAUCAGCAGCAUGGUGCAGGCGAGCGUGUCUAUGAAGCGUCUGCGUGUGUUCCUGUCCCACGAGGAGCUGGAUGAGGACAGUGUGGAUCGCAAGGGCAUCACAGGAUCUCUGGACAAUAUUAGAAUUGUAGACGGCUCUUUCAGCUGGUCCAAGGCGGAUGACCCAACUUUGAGGAGGAUAAAUGUGCAGAUCCCAGAAGGCUCUCUGGUGGCAGUGGUGGGCCACGUAGGCUCUGGCAAGUCCUCUCUCCUCUCUGCACUGCUGGGGGAGAUGCACAAGCAGGAUGGACAUGUCAGCAUCAAGGGCUCCGUUGCCUAUGUGCCCCAGCAAGCCUGGAUCCAGAACGCUACUCUGCGAGACAAUAUCACCUUCGGCCAUGAGAAGAAGGACUCGUGGUACCACCGUGUGGUGGAGGCCUGUGCUCUCCUACCGGACCUGGAGAUCCUGCCAGGGGGUGACGCCACUGAGAUCGGAGAGAAGGGUGUUAACCUGUCUGGUGGCCAGAAGCAGCGUGUGAGCUUGGCGCGGGCGGUCUACUGUGACUGUGAUAACUACUUGCUGGACGACCCUCUCUCUGCUGUGGACGCCCACGUGGGGAAGCACAUCUUCGAGAAGGUCAUCGGACCACAGGGCCUGCUGAAGGGAAGGACGCGUGUGUUGGUGACCCAUGGGCUGAGUUUCCUGCCCCAGGCCGACCUGAUCCUGGUGAUGGUGGAUGGGGAGAUCACAGAGGCCGGCUCCUACGCAGAGCUGAUGGCCAGGCAGGGAGCCUUUGCAGAGUUCCUGACCACCUACGCCAACGCCGAGCAGACCGACGAUGCCACAGAAGGGUGGGAGGGAGAAGAGGAGAUGGAGGAGGAGGAGAAACAGAAGGGUGGAGCUGAAGACGGCGCCCCUCAGAAGGGCCUAGAAAAUGGAGGCCCUGCAGCAUUAUUGCGGCAAAGCCAGAGCACGCUGACGGCCGCCGGCUCGGCCAAGUCCCUGCUGAAGGCCGAGAGCGUGGCUGAGGUGGCCAAGAAGGACGCCAGGACCCCGGACGCAGCCAAGCUGACCGAGGCCGACAAGGCCAAAACUGGACGGGUGAAGCUGGCUGUGUUCUGGGAGUACAUGAAGGCCAUCGGGGUGUGCCUGUCCCUCAUCAGCGUCUUCCUCUUCUUCGUACACCACCUUGCCUCCGUGGGGGCCAACUACUGGCUCAGCCUGUGGACAGACGACCCCGUCAUCAACGGCACCCAGCCCAACCGCAACAUGCGCCUCGGGGUCUACGGGGGCCUGGGUCUCUCCCAAGGUGUGGCGGUGUUCUGCUACUCGGUCUCGGUGUCCAUCGGCGGCGUCCUGGCGUCGCGCUACCUCCACGCGUCUAUGCUCUACAACGUGCUGCGCUCGCCCAUGGCCUUCUUCGAGCGCACGCCCAGCGGCAACCUGGUGAACCGCUUCGCCAAGGAGACGGACACCAUCGACUCGGUCAUCCCCAGCAUCAUCAAGAUGUUCCUGGGCUCCAUGUUCAACGUGCUCAGCUCCUGCGCAAUCAUCCUCUUCGCCACGCCCUACGUGGCCAUCAUCAUCCCGCCCCUCGGCCUGCUCUACUUCUUCGUCCAGCGUUUCUACGUGGCGUCGUCACGGCAGCUGAAGCGUCUGGAGUCGGUGAGCCGUGCUCCGGUCUACACGCACUUCAACGAGACUCUCCUGGGCACCAGCGUCAUUCGCGCCUUUGGGGAGCAGCAGCGCUUCAUACGCGAGAGCGACGGCCGCGUUGACCACAACCAGAAGGCCUACUACCCCGGCAUCGUAGCCAACCGGUGGCUGGCCGUCCGGCUUGAGUUUGUGGGGAACUGCAUCGUGACAUUCGCCGCACUCUUCGCCGUGGUCGCCAGAGACAGCCUCAGCCCUGGACUCAUGGGCCUGUCCAUCUCCUAUGCCCUGCAGGUGACUGCUUCUCUGAACUGGCUGGUGCGGAUGUCCUCUGAGCUGGAGACCAACAUCGUGGCUGUGGAGAAGGUCAAGGAGUAUGGAGACACGGAGAAGGAGGCUGCGUGGAGGCUGGAGAACUCCAAGCUGCCCUCUGGCUGGCCCACGGUGGGCCACAUCCAGAUCCAGGACUUUGGCCUGAGGUACAGAGAGGACCUGGAGCUGGCCAUUCGCAACAUCUCCGUCACCGUCGAGGGAGGAGAGAAGGUUGGCAUAGUGGGCCGCACGGGAGCAGGGAAGUCCUCUCUGACGCUGGGGCUGUUCCGCAUCAUCGAGGCGGCUCACGGUGACAUCCAGAUCGACGGCAUCAACAUUUCCCAGCUAGGCCUCCAUGAUCUGCGCUCUCGCAUCACCAUCAUACCACAGGACCCAGUGCUUUUCUCCGGAACUCUCCGUAUGAACUUGGACCCGUUCGAUUGCUACUCUGAUGACGAGGUUUGGAGAUCUCUGGAACUCGCCCAUCUUAAGAACUUUGUCUCCGGCCUACCAGACAAACUUCAUCACGAGUGCUCUGAAGGUGGAGAGAACCUCAGUCUGGGCCAGAGGCAGCUGGUGUGUCUGGCUCGCGCUCUCCUCCGCAAGACCAAAGUCCUAGUCCUGGACGAGGCCACCGCUGCUGUAGACCUCGAGACAGACAACCUGAUCCAGUCCACCAUCCGCACCCAGUUCGAGGACUGCACCGUCCUCACCAUCGCACACAGGCUCAACACCAUCAUGGACUACACCAGGGUUUUGGUUCUGGACAAAGGCCAGGUGGCUGAGUUUGGCUCGCCGUCCAGCCUCAUCGGCCAGAAAGGCAUUUUUUACAAGAUGGCCAAAGACUCCGGCCUGGUCUGAGGCCUGUGUGCCGAAGUAGAGGAAAGGACGCUGCUCCCACCUCGCCACUCCUGCACCCGGCCAUGCGACUGCCCUCCCCUACUCGAUCGCUCCUCUCCUCCCCUACUCGAUCGCUCCUCUCCUCCCCUACUCGAUCGCUCCUCUCCUCCCCUACUCGAUCGCUCCUCCCCCUCCCCCUCCAGAUGAAGACCAUAGGUGUAGGCAGGGGAGAGAAGCUGUAGUGUUGCUGUCCAUCCACAAACACAAACAGAUAUAGCCCCUGUCCAUUCCACCAUCUUGUACACUCAUUGCUGCUCUUCUUCCCCUUUUUAAUGCACCGCUUGGUGAUUUUUUUAUGGCUUUUCUUUGACCAUUUCUUUGGUUAUUUUUUUCCUUUUGCUUCCUUUCUUUUUUUUCAUUAACUUUAUUUUUUUUGUUCCUAGUUGCCCCUCCCUACAGUUGCUGCUUUGUAGAGGUUUUUUUUUUUUCCCUCACAGUCGCGCCGCUUUGAAGAAUCACCGAACGCUUAGUUGUGUUGUGGGUGAUUUAGCAGCAUGUAGGGCAGAGCUGUGCCUGGUGCUGUUGGGGUUGUUUCUGCAGCCGCCAUUGGAAGCGGGCCUGUCGAGGAAUGCAGUCAGCCUGACGACGGUCAAUGAUGAUGACGAGGUGCUUAGACAGCCCUGGGUAUUGCUCCCCAGUGCAAUAUUCUGCCUUAAUGUUGGCAGACCAAAAAAAAAAACCACACACACACACACUUUUGAAGACAUAUGG